CGCGUUCAGACUCAGCCUAACAGAACCGACCAUCCUACGUGGCAUUAGCCACUUCCUAUCCGCCACGUGUUCCCGCCAAACUUCUCCAUCCUCUCUCUCCCUUUUCUUUCUUUCUAUAAUAACAGCCCACACUCUCAAAAUUCUCUCCCUCUUCUUCUCUUCUCUUCUCUUCUCUUUUCUCCUUUCCUUUGAAUUCAAUUCCCCUUUUGCUCCCCCUCGCGCCGCUGAAACGAUGCCGUAUUGCGACGUCGGAGGGCAGCAAUCUUCCCCCACCAUCGCAGCCGCCGCCGUCGCCCCCGCCGACGCACACCUUAACAAUGACCUUAAGAUAUUUUAUAGAACUUACGGUCACGGUCCUACCAAAGUGCUCCUCAUCAUAGGAUUGGCUGCGACGCACGACGCGUGGGGCCCACAAAUAAAAGGCUUGACCGGAACCUCUAUCCCCAAUGACGACGACGUCGUUUGGAGCAGCGGAGAUGACAAUGAGGCCGGUGGUGGUAUCGAGGUGUGCGCGUUUGAUAAUCGGGGCGUGGGUCGGAGCUCCAUGCCCUUCAAUAAAACCGAAUACUCAACCACGAUCAUGGCAAAGGAUGCAAUUGCUUUGUUAGAUCAUUUAGGUUGGAAAAAAGCCCAUGUUUUUGGGCACUCCAUGGGGGCUAUGAUAUCUUGUAAACUAGCAGCAAUGGUUCCUGAUAGAGUCCUCUCCUUGGCGUUGCUCAAUGUAACGGGUGGAGGUUUUCAAUGUUUUCCAAAGUUUGACAGACAAACAUUCUCUGUUGCUUAUCGGUUUUUGAGAGCGAAGACUCCUGAAGAAAGGGCUGAUGUUGACUUGGACACCCACUACUCACAAGAAUAUCUUGAAGAAUAUGUUGGAACUGAUAAAAGGAGAACGAUCUUGUAUCAGCAAUAUGUUAAAGGUAUAUCAACAACUGGAAUGCAACCUGACUAUGGUUUUAAUGGUCAACUCAAUGCAUGUUGGACACAUAAAAUGACUCAAACAGAGAUCGAGGCGAUCAAAUCUGCAGGUUUUCUUGUUUCAGUCAUACAUGGAAGGUAUGAUAUAAUUGCUCAGAUAUAUCAUGCAAAAAGACUUGCUGAGAGGCUUCAACCAAUGGCUAGAAUGGUAGAUCUUCAUGGAGGUCAUCUAGUGAGUCAUGAGCGGCCUGAAGAGGUUAAUCAAGCACUGUUUGACUUGAUCAAGGCAUCAUUAGUGAAGAUGAACCCACAUGAUUGGACUAAUUUGCCAAAGCAAGAGUCUUGGUGGAACGAGAAAAGGGUGUUCUUUGUCAGAACAAACAUUCAGGGUGGAAGCAAUGUCUCCUUUAAGAUGUGCUUAUUACAAAAACUGCAUCUCUGCCUAUUAUUCUUUUUUGGUCUCCUUGUUUUAGCAUUUGAAUCUGGAAGAAAGCUUCUAAGAAGCUUAAAACCAGUUCCAGUUGCAAAUUCCCCCUCAUAUAUUGAAAGUCAAUAACCAUUCUUUUUAAUAGGCCGUAAUAUAUAAUUUGGUAAACCCUCAACGUGAGAGAUCAAGCACGUGUUCAUCAAGAUGAGGCUCACGUAUGCUGCAAUGUUGCCCCUUUUUUCUUUUUUCUUUUUUCUUUUUUCAGGUUGGAAAGAGGAUUUCUCUCAAACAGCCAAAAAGCACAAGAGAGGAUCCCUCCCCUGCCCUUGAUUUGUGCUAUGAGGCAUGACCCUAACAUAUCCCUUUAUUGACAAGAUGAAUUCCAUAUGCUUUGUAUAGCCAAUAAAGCCAAGGAGAGAGACAGAAGAGGAUAGAUCAUCCACUUCCCUUUUGUACACUAUAAUGUUAAAUAUUAUCAGAUCGCAACUCUGGAAAUUUUGCUCCAUACCACACAAUGUAUGUUAUGACCUCAUAAUAAUAUAUAUUC